AUGAUGGCCUGCUGUUUAUGUGCGAAAUAUUUUCUCUUAUUCUUUAAUUUAAUUAUUUGGUUAUCUGGCGGUGCUUUUUUAAGUUUUGGAAUUCUUAUUUUGUAUAAACAUGAUUUCCGUCAAUUAUUUGCAAUUCUAUCUUAUGAUUCUCAAUUUGUACCAUCUAUUCAUAACAUUGGUUAUAUUCUAAUUGGCAUUGGCGCAUUUAUCUUUAUUAUUGGUUUACUUGGUUGUUGUGGUUCUGUUCGAGAAUCUCGAUAUUUACUUGGCAUCUAUGUAUUCUGUAUUAUACUUGUGAUGGGUAGCGAAUUGAUUGUUGCUAUGUAUACGGUAUUAUUAAGUGAUGAAUGGAAUCAUCGGCUAUCAAAAAAAUUAAAAAUUCGACUUUUAAAAUAUAAUUAUUCGACACCACAACAUUUUGAAUAUGAUUUGGAUAUCAUUCAUAAACAGUUUGAAUGUUGUGGUAUCGAUGGUUCAUCGGAUUUUUUUAAUACUAUCAAUUAUAAAAUGUCGGAUCGUAAUCUUCCAUUGUCAUGUUGUACUCAUUUAUUAAAUGGAGUGUGCCUUGAAAUUGAUUCAUAUCAAGUUGGAUGUUUUCAAGCAAUUAAUAAAUAUAUAAAUGUCUAUUCAAGAUAUAUUGUUGGCGUUGGAAUUGGUGUUGCACUGUAUGAGUUAACUGCAUUGAUAUUAGCUGUUUGUGUAUGUCGCUAUUCAAUAAAAGAAAAUGAAUUUGAUUGA